GCUCACUGCCAACCCGCUGAUAUUGGCCACGUUGGCAAACCCAGCGCAGCCAUCGGCUGCGAUUCAACAGGCAAGCGAGCAGCUGGCCCCACAGCAGCAGAAGAAGUUGACAGAAUUUACUGUUCUCUCGCCCUGGCUGCAAUUGGCCGAAGCAAGGAUCCAGACGUCCAGGAAUCGGCAAGAGACCUUCGUCGAAGACAUGGAGCGCCUGUAUGAUGUGCUGGAGCGCGCCAACAGUCCGGCUGGGUUGCUGGUUGUAAAAAUGCGCGAGAUGGAGGAAGGCACCUUUGUUGGUAAGGUGAAGGCUGACAAGGACCUCGCCGCGGUGUCCAAGAAGUACAAGCUGGACGAGCAGGCCGAGUCGAAGCUUGCGGACAUCCUGGCGCGCUACGACGACGUGCCUCGAUCCGAAAAGCCGUCCACAGGGAAAGAAGGAGUGGCACGGCGGAAAGAGUGCCCCAACGCGACCGUAGGCCUUCAGAGUGCCGUGAUGAUACCGGCUUCUUUUAGCAGGACUGUCGGGCGGCUAAUGGUAGAGGCACUGCCUCCGUGCAUGUUCUUGCUGGGGAAGCUGCGGCUUUCCAUCGGAGGACCAUGGCAUGACACCUCUAAGCGGCUUUGGUGCGUGGAAGCACUGGCUUUCGUGCGCAUCGUGACAUCGCUCGCCCCGAAGCUUGGUGAAGGCCAGUCCCUGGGCAAGCCUGGGCAGCCUGCGCCCGGAAGUUAUCUGGACAACGCUCAGCGUGCUGCGCGUGGGGAAACUUCACGGGGAGGGCGCGAGGACCGGGAUCGCAAAGACCGGAAGAGCCCGGACAGAGAUCGACGUGACAAAGAUCGAGAUCGGGACAAGGACCGCGACAGGCGGCGGUCUCGCUCCCGAGACAAGAGAUCCCGGUCUCGAAGGAGAUAG